CACUGGGCUGCUGACGUCACGCAGGAGCGCCAAACAGCCUAAGGUUAGAAGUACCGAGCUGAGGGUCUGUUCUGCUCGCAUGGCCCUGUGGUGUCUGACUCGUGCUCUGGGCUCUCUCAGCCUGGCGCCUACAGCUGUUAGCGGACCAGUCCCUCGUCUGCUCCCUGCCGCCCAGGUGAUAAGCAAUGCCUUCCAACUGCCCUCUAGUGUGAUGUUGCUCUCCUGCCGCCCACUCCGUACUUCUGUGGCCCUUAAUGCCAAGAUUGUGUCCUGGAAGAGUCGUACCAAGUAUACCAUCGCACCAGUAAAGAUGAGGAAGUCUGGGGGUCGAGACCAGACAGGCCGCAUCAGUGUCCACGGUAUUGGUGGAGGCCACAAGCAGCGUUAUCGCAUGAUUGACUUUCUGCGUUUCCGGCCAGAACAGGAGGCCAAUCCAGGACCUUUUGAGGAAAAGGUUGUCAGUGUCCGCUAUGAUCCCUGUAGGUCAGCAGACAUAGCUCUGGUUGCUGGUGGUAUCCGGAAACGCUGGAUCAUUGCCACAGAAAACAUGCAGGCAGGAGAUGUGAUCCUAAACUCCAACCAGAUAGGCCGAAUGGCAGUUUCUGCUCAGGAAGGGGACGCACAUCCUCUUGGGGCCCUGCCUGUGGGGACCCUCAUCAACAAUGUGGAAAGUGAACCAGGCCGAGGGGCCCAGUAUAUCCGAGCUGCAGGGACAUGCGGUGUACUGCUGAGGAAGGUGAAUGGGACAGCCAUUAUCCAGCUGCCCUCGAAGAGGCAGAUGCAGGUGCUGGAGACGUGCACAGCUACGGUGGGCCGAGUGUCCAAUGUGGAACAUAACAAACGAGUCAUCGGCAAAGCAGGUCGGAAUCGCUGGCUGGGCAAGAGGCCUAACAGCGGGCUGUGGCACCGCAAGGGGGGCUGGGCUGGUCGCAAGAUCCGGCCCCUUCCUCCUAUGAAGAGUUAUGUGAAGCUGCCCUGUGCUGCUACCCAAAGCUGAUAUCCCUGAACUGUAAUAAAAUGCCUCAUUUUUAUGUUG